AAGCGUAUGGAGUGUUUUUCUUUCCCAUACAGUCAAGACGGAGGAGGAGCGUCUUAACCAAUCACACGCACCUGGGGGCGGAUCGCGAAUGGCUACCGUGGCGGAUGUGCAAAAUGGAUCAUUCAACGCUCCUCUUCUCUUUUCAUAUCCCCGAUGAAGAGACUCGCGCGUUCCUUUGCUGAAUUCCUUCUCAAAUGUUCGGACGUGGCGUGAAAAGGAAAAGCACGCACGAGAGUUCGCUUUGCGGCUAUCCGAGUGGAUCGAAAACAAUCCUGGGGGGUGGUCUAUACCUUUUGCCUGAAGUCAGCUUCCAGUGUUCCUGGACUGGAUAAGCGCCAUCAAAAAUAGGAGGGGCCUGCCCGCAGCAGUUGCUCCGAGCACCAUGAGGCAGAAAGCUCAGCCAGAGGGAGCGGACAACUCUUCCUUCAUUCCUGUCGAGCAGGCUGCGCCGGAGAAGAAACGCACCCAGCAUCGGCAGAAGCCACGCAUUCCGCAACCCGGCCGGCUCAGUACCGCUAUCUGAGCCUUCCAGGAUUGACCGAGGGCGAGACGGUAACUCGGACUGGGUCUUCUUCCUAAAUGGCAACGUGGACCAGGCCACACUUGGAGGAAGCGGUGAUGUCCUUGUUAACACAUUGCCCUCCUUUAGAAGCUCCUUGUUAGAAGUCACCCUUCGGCUGGCUGCUGCCCCUGUGAGGCUUCAAAGCUGAGGGGCGAAGGAGAAGAAGAAGAAGAAAAGUCCGCCACAGAGAAGAAAAAGACUGUGACAAGCCCCCCCAUGCAGGCGCGGAAGAAAUAUGUUCUGCUGGGCUUGUGUACCUUCUGCUGGCUGGUUCUCUUUUACUUCGGUAGGGGAGUCCGGCUACCUGUACGUCUGCUCCGGAUGCUGACGAGCCAGCAGGCCGAGAUGGCGCGGCCCUGGCCCAACUGGACCGACCGGGCCUUCCUGCCUUGCUACGCUCACCUGAACGAGCUGCAGACGGACCCCGGGAGCUCCGAGUCGCCCCGGCAACGCCGGCAAGCGUGGUCUGUUAUUUAUAAGGACAGCCACUGCCGCAUGGAGACUUGCUUUGACUUUUCCCGGUGUCGGCGUCGAGGGAGAGAAGGCUUCAGGGUGUACGUUUACCCUUGGGAAAAAAACGAGCGCGUCUCCGAAAGCUACAAAAAGAUCUUGACGUCCAUAUCGGAGUCCAGAUACUACACGUCGGAUCCACGCGAAGCCUGCUUGUUUGUCCUCGGGAUCGAUACCCUGGACAGGGACCAGCUGUCAGGACAGUUUGUGCACAAUGUGGACGAACGCAUUCGGGGUUACCCUCUUUGGAAUGAUGGGCGUAAUCACCUGAUCUUCAACCUUUACUCAGGCACUUGGCCCAACUACACAGAGGAAUUGGGUUUCAACAUAGGCCAGGCCAUCUUGGCCCGAGCCAGCCUCAAUACAGAACAUUUCCGACCCGGUUUUGAUAUCUCCAUCCCGCUCUUUUCAAAGGACCACCCGCAGAAGGGUGGCGAGCGAGGUUGGUUAGUGAGGAACACCACCCCGCCGCGGAGGAAGUACCUGCUGAUGUUCAAAGGCAAACGCUAUCUGACAGGCAUCGGCUCAGAUACCCGAAACGCUCUCCAUCACAUCCACAACGGGAAGGACAUUGUGUCGUUAACCACGUGCCGCCACGGGAAAGACUGGGAGAAGCAUAAAGAUGCCCGUUGCGACCACGACAACCUGGAAUAUGAGAGGUUCGACUACCAGGAGCUGCUUCAUAAUUCCACUUUUUGUCUGGUGCCUAGAGGUCGACGCCUGGGCUCCUUCCGCUUCCUUGAGUCCUUGCAGGCGGCGUGUAUACCGGUGUUGCUAAGCAACGGCUGGGAGCUGCCAUUUUCCGACGUCAUACAAUGGAACCAAGCUGUCAUCGAAGGGGAUGAGAGACUACUCUUGCAGGUGCCGUCUACAGUGAGAGCUGUCGGAAAUGAACGCGUUUUGGCUCUCAGGCAGAGAACGCAGAUGCUAUGGGAAGCCUACUUCUCUUCUGUGGACAAGAUAGUCCUCACCACACUGGAGAUCAUUAAGGAUCGUGUCUUUUCUCACAUAUCAAGGAACAAAUACAUGUGGAACUCUCUGCCAGGAGGUCUACUUGUCCUGCCAGAAUAUUCCACUCACCUUGCACAUUUCCCUUUCUACUACCUGAGCUUAGGUAUCAGUCCAAAUCAGGAGUUCACUGCUGUCAUCCACGCCGUGUCUCCAUUGGUGUCCCAAUCGCAGCCAAUCAUGAAGUUGCUACAAGUGGUCUCAAAAUCCAAGUACUGCUCCCAAAUCAUCAUCCUCUGGAACAGCGAGAAAGCGCCGCCCAGUCGCAGCAAAUGGCCUCCCAUGCCAGUUCCUCUCAUUGUGACAGACGGCAAGAAGAAGACCACCAGUCGCUUCCUGCCUCAUGUUGCCAUAGAAACUGACGCGGUGCUGAGUCUGGAUGAGGAUACGGUCCUGCUGACGAGUGAGGUGAACUUUGCCUUCCUGGUGUGGCGCAGCUUCCCUGAUCGGAUUGUGGGCUACCCUCCUCGGAGUCACUUUUGGGAUCCCUUAAAGCACGCGUGGGGCUACACCUCCAAAUGGACCAAUGACUAUUCCAUAGUACUGACCGGGGCGGCCUUCUACCACAGGUACUACCACUACUUGUUCUCGCACUACCUGCCGCAGUCUUUGAGAACGCUGGUGGAUCAUACGUCCAACUGCGAGGACAUCCUGAUGAACUUCCUGGUUUCUGCUGUCACUCACUCCCCACCCAUCAAAGUGGCUCAAAGGAAGCAAUACAAGGAGUUGCCUAGUCCACAGUCCACAAAGAAUGUCCCCUGGGCCAACCCGGAGCAUUUCAACCAGCGCCAGGAGUGCGUCAACACUUUCGCCAACUGGUUUGGCUACAUGCCUCUGGUCCAUUCUCAAUUUCGCCUUGACCCUGUGCUUUUCAAAGAUCAAGUGUCGGUACUCCGAAAGAAAUAUAAAGACCUUGAGAGGGCAUAGAGGAGAUGGACUUUGCUUCCAUGAGGUCCAAUUGGGAUGGAGACAGGACUCAUAAACUGUGUGGACAAUCAGAGAGACUCCUGCUGGAUCAAUACAAAGUCCUCUUGAGUGUAACGUGAACUUGAAUCCGUCCAGUCAUGGAGACCUCCUGUCGAGGAGAUGUCAGGAACGAGUGUUGUUGCUGUGCAUGGGAAUGCCAGCGCCAUCUUAGGAAGGUGGUACCAGUGCCAUGUUCUCUGGAGCUAUUCUUGUCUCGGAAUAACUGAGCAGGGCUUGCUGCCAAGGAAAACCAACAAUCUGAGUCAACUCAAAGAAAUAAAGCCGUCUGUAAAUUCUGA